AUGUGCCUGAGUGUGUUGGGUGUCGUUGUUGGUACACCCUGCAUCGCAGACUUUAUCCGCUUGCACGAAGGACUUGAACCACCACACUGGAAACGGGUUCAUACGGACGCGGGGUAUCAGACGACUGCGUAUUUCCUAGCUUGGAUCGAGAUCCGCUAUGGGGAAGGAACGAUCCGCGAGCUUAAUGAAUGGAUGAAAGAGAGGAAGUAUCAUUGGUGGGUCUUUAAGGAGCUCACGGGGAGGCCUGUUCACAAGCUGUGGAAGAUUUAUUGCGCGCAGCUGGCUGCGGCUGAGGUACUUGGAAUCCCAGUGCUCAAGGCUGUGGUCGACAGUGAUGGAGAUCCUAGGCACCUCAUUGGUGAAGAUUCAGACAACACUGCAGUCGAGGGAGACACUAGACGUCUUGUCGGCGAAGAUUCAGACAACACUGCAGAUGAGGGAGAUACUAGACGCCUUGUCGGUGAAGAUCCAGAUCAUCCCAACCUGGAUGAAAAUACCAAGUCUGAGGAUGAAGGGGAUAACUGGCUUGUGAUAGUUAAACAGCCAGAUUUAUAG